AUGGCGGAAAAUACCAUCCCCGGCCUCGUCCUCGACACCCGCUUGGCCUACCGUGUCGGUUCGCCACUACUUCCUACCCUCCCUCUCAACACGAUAUGGGGCCUCCACAAAGAGUCCCCUCGGCUGUACUCUAUGAUUCCAGGGAUCAAACUCAUACUGAAAGAGCACGAGGUCUUGGUAGAAUACAUGGACAUUGUGCGCCGUUUCCACAGGGGAGAGCAGCCACAGGGUCGCGGUUUAACCCUCCUCGUCUUGUCAGAUGUCACCAUCGAAAGCCAACGGCAGAAUUGCGUCCGGAGUGUGCAGGCUAUCAAAGAGUUGCUCAUUCGCGAAGAGCUCGACAUCGCCUUGGAAAUAAUUGAUGGCGGGGCAGAGAAGGGUCUCAUGUCUUACCCCAUCACUACAUCCCAGCGGGACAUAAUUGCUGCAUGGAAGCCUUUUCAAGCAACGGUCCUGGAAAAGAUCGCGGCCCGCGCUUGGAUAAGUAUCGACGUUCUCCACCGAAGCCUCCGCGAAACCGACACCCCGCAGUCCCCAACCAUUGUCAUUUCGGCUGCCGAUGCCGACGAUGAAGCCUGGUGGAACGAUAUUCUGCCCACACUUUUCCGCGAGGCGCCCUCAAACUUCUCCGUUGAACUCGUCUUCCAGAACAGCAUAUUUUCUACGCGCGGACAAGGUGAACCAAAACCCACGAAAGCAGACGGACAACGAGUACUCUCGAGUUGCAUCACUGGCGCCGCUUACGAGAGGCAUGUCCAAAUGGGAUCCUCUAUCGGCAGAACAGGACAAGACGGGACUGGCACUCUGGGAGCACAUAUCAUCCUGAAAGAAAAGGAGUCAGGCCGCCGUGUGGAACUCGGGCUGAGCAAUCAUCAUGUGUUGUGCGACGAAGAGACCGUAGAGCAGGUGUGCGCUGCCGAAGACUGGCUGUCUCCGCGACAUGAGCUUGUCAAGCAAAACUGUCUUCAUGUAGUCACACCCUCCGACCAGGACCACAACAUAUUACUCGCAAAGACCCGCAACGACAUCACAGACACCGUCAGAUCCAUCCGGGCCAUGAGCCAAGAUCCCUCACAAUCAGGAUACUUGGACGCAACCACAAAGCAAUGCAACGACGCCAGGGACUUGAUAAUCAAAGCCCAGAGCGCUACUCGUACCUUAGGGACUGUGUAUGCAUCGUCCGGCUGGCGAACGGUAGAAAAUGAGCAAUACGAUGAGGACAAAGUUCGACAAUGGUCUACGGUUAGAGAUGAGAGCAGCGACAAGAUUCGGCCACUCGGCAAGGAUCCAGAGGAGACCAUGGCAAAGAUGAUUGGCGAUGACAAGCUUCUACAAUGGGCCGUAGACUGGAGCCUGGUCCAGAUCGCCAGCCCGCGAGUCUUGUUACCCACCGUGCCUACUGUUAGCACUGCGGUCCAGCUAAGCACGAACUCGAUAGCAUCGCAGUGGGCGAUAUUGGAUCCGGAAAAGAGCUAUCCUGUGGCAAAGAUAGGGCGCACGACCGGCUGGACGACAGGGAAGAUCAACGCUGUCGCAUCGAUCCUCCAGCUUCGACAUGAUCGAUCUUCUGUCGUGCCGGUGGAUCUUCGCCAUCGAUUCGGCAGGCCAAUCCUCAGUUACGGCAUCUUGGCCUCGGGCGAACGAGACUUCCUUGCGCCAGGCGAUUCUGGCAGCGCAAUACUGUUGGAUAAGCCUCAGGAACAGGGUGACGAUUCGACGUCAUGCAUUGUUGGCCUCGGCUUUGCGUCAAACCGGGCAACCUUGGUUUCUUACAUGAUGCCGAUGGAGCUGGUGGUUGCCGAUAUCGAAAAGGUAACGGGAGGCCAAGUCCUCAAGCCUACGUACUCGGGAAAGGCAGCCGGCGACGUCUAA